AUGUCGCCCAUCGAUAACAUCGUCGAUCGGUUUGAUCGAAGCGAAGUCCCCCUCUACGCUACAGCCUUCAUACCCAUGCGGAGCCUGUCCCAGAUCCGCGCCAAAAUGCUGACUCUUUGGUGCUACCAAUCUGCGGAGAUCUCACAUACUAUCCACAACCUCACCUUCCCGAAGGACAAGCACUUGAGAAUUACGAAUUCCUUCAACAGCUUCGACACUGCUCGUACCAGAUUCCUACAGUACUUCACCAUUGGUUCGAAUCCGGAAAUCCAGUACCAGAACUGGCACCGAACACCUACUGGCAAGAACUCUUCGCCAACCCACAUAAUGACGGGUCGAGAAUUCCUUAAUCGCUUCCAACGGCGACGGCCAGCUAUAAACCGCAAAGGUUUUAAAUUCUGCAACUUUCUCAGCAUCUCCGGGGCAGCUCUAAAUGCCGAGGUACCAGAACUAUACUUUAUCAGAUCGCUCAAGUACACACUCUUCGUGACGCUGCAACGGGAACUGCGCGCCAGGGUAAAUGCCAUGCGAGAAACCCCUCUGGGGAAGGAAUACAGAAAAGCGCGUCUUCGAGACAUCGACAUGGAGGCUUGCUUUCGCUGGGUCCUUUACGGGGAGCGAUACUCAUACUCAGGCUGGCACCUAGACGUCCUUAACGGAACCUGGACAGAGAAAGAACAGACAGAACUCGCAUGCGAUGGCCUGUUCUGGAAGCUCCCGCUCAACACGGUGCAGGUUAUUCUUCUACUCUCUGGCGAUACCCUGAUUAUGCGACCUGGCUACCCUGUCGUUUAUGCGGUUCUUACAUUGGACGAUUCAUUAGCCGCUGGAGGUAUGCUCUGGGCCAGUGACUCAGUGUCCCGCAUCAUGGUCAACAUGAAGUACGUCGUCGAGAACACCGAAGUCACGAACGAAGACAUCCCACAGCAACUGCCAGAGUACCUCGACGCGUUACAACAGCGCGUUCAGAAAUACAAGGCCGCCAAAUCAGGACCGAAGAAGGGGAAAGCUCGAAAGGCCGAGCUCGCGCUACCUUUGGACCUCAUGGCGCUCCCCUCCUUCUCAGAACAGGAUCAGCAGAGCCUGAGCGAGCUGGUUACGUUCCUCAAGGACAAGGACAUCCUCUCAUGCAAAUGCUCAGGCGCGUGCGUGACAAACGUUGAAGAGCGGGAACAAGAGGAGGACCCUCUAUGUCCUUGUUGGAGGGGGUCGGCCGUGCAUCACCGCGGAUGUACAAUAUGGUGUAAUCAUGAGGGGUAUUAUGGCGACCCGCCAGCUUGUGCGGAGUAG